GCGACAUAAGAAAUCGUAAAACAAGAUACAAAAGUUAUUUUACGUCUCAGACAUACAGCUUAGACGAAAACUUGAAGGAGAAAAGAUCUUACAGAUCUCUUAUAGGAAUAUCUAUUACCGAUUUAUAUAAUCUUAUUGGACUUACUGUUAUUGCUAUCUUUGUAAGGUUAUAUCACAUAGAACUCCCUACCUCCGUAGUAUUUGAUGAGGUUCAUUUUGGUGGUUUUGCGGCAAAAUAUGUAAAGGGUAGUUUCUUUAUGGAUGUGCAUCCGCCAUUAGCAAAGUUACUCAUAACUUUUGCAGGCAUAUUGGGUGGUUUCGAUGGAUCAUUUGAAUUUAAAGAAAUUGGCGAUGAUUAUAUCGAACCUAAAGUUCCGUACGUGAUCAUGCGUUUAGUGUCUGGAAUUCUGGGAAUUUUUGUAAUACCGAUUGCUUAUCUAACCAUUAAAUUAGCGGGGUUUUCGACUAUUUCCGCGUUUUUGGUCGCAAGCUUAGUAAUAUUUGAGAAUGGUUUGGUAACUCAGAGUAGACUUAUCUUGCUCGAUUCGCCAUUGAUAGCUUUCACCGCAUUUACAGUAUUAAUGUGGGUCAAAUUUCUAAACCAAGAAAAAAGACCAUUUGAAUUAUCGUGGUGGGUUUCGUUAGCUAUGACUGGUGUAGGUCUUGGUAUUACAGUUAGUGUUAAAUGGGUUGGCCUUUUCACAAUUGCCUUUAUUGGCCUCUCAACUAUUAGCGGACUAUGGAGAUUAUUAGGCGAUUUACGUGUUUCUCUGCCAUUAUUUAUUAAACACUUUCUCGCUCGAGCAUUGUGUUUGAUUGUUAUUCCUAUUAUUUUAUACAUGUUUUUCUUUGUAAUUCAUUUUGCAAUAUUACAAAACACUGGGCCGGGUGAUGGAUUUAUGACUUCCGAGUUCCAACAGUCAUUGAGAGGACAUGGGAUGGAGGACAUGCCUCUUGCUCAACUUUCUAUUAAGCAUGAAAAUACACAAGGUGGUUACCUACAUUCACAUCUGCAUACUUAUCCUACAGGCAGCAAACAACAACAGGUUACUUUGUAUCCGCAUAAAGAUGCCAAUAAUUUAUGGGUUAUACAUAAUGAAACCGAUCCUGAAGUGCCGUUUAAUGAAACCAACCCAACCUGGAUAUAUCAUAAUGCAAUAAUUCGUCUCGAACAUAUUGUAACUAAAAGAAGACUGCAUAGUCACAAUGUUAGGCCACCAGUGACGGAUGUGGAAUACCAAAAUGAAGUCAGUUCAUACGGAUACGAGGGUUUUCCAGGAGACGCGAAUGAUCAUUGGCGUGUGGAAAUCACUGAUUAUGAUAAAUCUGAUCCAGAGUCUCGUGAACGUCUUCGUACACUUCAUACUAAAUUUCGUCUUUAUCAUGUUAUUACUGGCUGUUAUCUUUACUCUCAUAAGGUGAAAUUACCUGAUUGGGGUUUCGAGCAACAAGAAGUUACUUGUGUUAGAGGUGGGAACUAUAAGAAUACAAUCUGGUAUAUAGAAUCAAAUUCUCACCCAAAACUACCGGCUGAUGCUGAAAUGGUGAAUUAUAAAAAGCCAGGAUUUUUUAAAAAAUUUUUUGAACUUAAUCAAGUUAUGUGGAAUACCAAUAGUGGACUGACUGAUUCUCAUCCUUAUGAAUCUCGUCCUUUGUCUUGGAUGUUUUUAAAACGGGGUAUUAAUUUUUGGGUCCAAAAUAAUCGUCAAAUUUAUUUACUUGGAAAUCCGCUUAUAUGGUGGGCUUCUACCUUUUCAAUCCUUAUUUUUGUUGUUGCGAAAUUGGUUGUAGUUUUAAGAGAAAAGAGAGGAUAUAAAGAUUAUUUGGAUGGUAAAAAAGAGCAUUUUGAAUCAUGGUCCGGGUUAUUCUUCUUGGGAUGGUGUUUGCAUUAUCUUCCAUUUUUCUUAAUGUCUCGACAAUUAUUUUUACAUCAUUAUUUUCCUUCAUUGUAUUUUGCAAUUCUUUUAAUUGGUAUAGCAUUUGAUUUCCUUACAUGUAGAAUGUCUUUUAAAAGUCGGCUAAUUACCGCAAUAGUAAUUUUAGUGGCAAGUGUAUAUGUAUUUACAAUAUUUUCACCACUAAUUUAUGGUAACCCAUGGACAAAAUCGGAAUGUGAGAAGGUCAAAUGGUUAAAUACCUGGGAUUUUGAAUGCCAUGUACAUCAUGAUAAUUAUGAAGAUUAUUAUGCAGAGAAUCCAGAUGUUAUUGAAAAUCCAGAUAUAAUUGAAGAGGCAAGUAUAACAGAAUUUCCAGAGGAAUCGACAACUGAAGGUGCUUUCAAUGUAGAAGUACCCGUGGAAUCGACAACUGAAGGUACUUUCAAUGUAGAAGCACCCGAGGAAUCGAUAACUGAAGGUGCUUUCAAUGUAGAAACACCCGAGGAAGGGGUUGAUCAUGAUGAGGAAAAUGUAGAUGCGAAUGUGCGAGAUUAA